UUUUGGUAAUUUGUAUUUUGUUCUUCCCUUAAACUCUGCAAUCCACUCAAAAACAGAUGAACCUGAAAUUAGGGUUAUCAAAAAAUUAUACUCGUAUUCAUCAGGUUGCCUAGAGCGAGGCGAUGAAACUGUUUGAUGCACAUUGUCACCUCCAAGACCCUAGGAUUUUAAGCCUCGCCCCACGAUUAAUCCGUUCGUCUGUUGAUACUGGCAUUGCCCAUUUUGCUGUUAAUGGGGUUUCUGAGAAGGACUGGCAUUUGGUUAAGCAGAUGAGUGAGUCUUAUCCUUGUGUUGUUCCGUGUUUUGGUGUUCAUCCGUGGUUUGUUCCUGAGAGAACGACGAACUGGUUUACUAUUCUGAGAGAGUUUUUUGAGUCUACACCUACUGCAGCUGUUGGGGAGAUUGGUUUAGAUAAAGGGUCACGGGGGAAACAGAUUGAUUUUGAUGAUCAGGUUGAAGUAUUCAGGAAACAGCUAGAAUUAUCGAAAGAACUGAAAAGGCCGGCUUCUGUUCAUUGUGUUCGUGCUUUUGGUGACCUUCUUGAUGUGAUGAAGGCAACUGGGCCUUUUCCUGAUGGUGUAAUUCUUCAUUCUUACUUAGGGUCUGCUGAGAUGGUCCCUGAAUUAACAAGGCUUGGUGCUUAUUUUUCCUUGUCUGGAUUUCUUAUGUCAAUGAAAUCACAAAAGGCGAAGAAGAUGCUGAAGGCUGUGCCUUCUGAUAGAAUCCUGCUCGAGACUGAUGCACCUGAUGCACUGCCUAAGUCGAAUUUGGGUGACUUGUACUUUGUGGAAGGUGAUCCUUCCUUUCCUCCUGAACUUCAGGCACUAGGGGAGAAUCCACAUUUGAGGGCUAACAGUAACGUGUUAGAAGUUGAGAAAGAAACAUCAGAAUUGCCAAAAGAAAUGCUGAAUCAUCCGGCUAAUAUUCAUAAUGUACUUACCUAUGUGGCAUCUCUGCUCGAGAUGAGUAAAGAAGAACUUGCAGGAUUAAGCUACUCAAAUGCAAUUCGCCUUUUCUCUUAUGAAGGUUCUAAGGUACUCCAAGAAGGUAUCACUGAAGGUCCUGUUCUGGAGUAAACUGUGGAAAACUGAAUAUCUCGUCUGCAUCACAAACUACUCAAGAUCUGUGUCAAAUGUUCGGCCAACAAUUGUGGCACCUGCCCUUCGCUGCUAACUCCAUGUCACAUACAUACAUCUCUUGACUGUGGUGUCAUCUCUGUGCUGUUGCUCUCCAUAAUUGUCGACAUCAUCUUGUGGAUGUGGUUGUACUAGUAGUUUUGUAUUAAGAUCUCUUUGGAAGAGGAUGUAUGGAACUUUUCACCCCACAAUGAGGUAGUGGUGUACAAGAGAUAUGUGUAAAAUCUGUAAAUAUGUUUUGACAGCUAAACGUUAUCCUAUUACUUGGCAAAUUUGAUGAGCAGCGAGUCAUAUUAAAUGCUCCCUCCAUCUGAAAAUGAUUUCACAAACUGUA